GGAUUCCAUCCCUCCAUGAAAUAUACACCGGAGUAGUACCAAAUGUGCCAGGCGAAGUCGGUCACGAAUUUCCGGUCCUCUCAGCCUCCUUCCUUCGACCGCAGCUGGUCGCCAAAUCACUGUCAAAGUUUUACCGGUCACCACCAUUCAACAUUCGACUCUUACGGAAUUCUGGCCUACCACCCAACUCGCGCUACGUGACAGCACCAUCAAAGAAAGAAAAACAAAAAAAAAGAGAACCUCCCUCGGAGAACCCCACACGCACCAACGAGAUAAGUCUUGUUUAGGCUCCCUAAUCCAGACUUGGGCCCCAUCGUCCUCUCCAACCCGAAUCCGAACCGUCCAAAAAGAAAUAAAAUAAUGUAAAUAAAAGCAUGACAAAUGUGAAUCAGAAAAAUACAAUAAACUAGUACGUUCUUUAGUGACAAUGCUGACGAGGCAAGAUAAAGAGAGAAGCCAGAGAAAAGCAGCAGCAGCAGAACCCAAAAGCCAUCAACGGUAGGAAUCCAUCCAUCUAUCCCCCCACCAUCGUGACCCAACCUUGCAACCAUAGAAAAAAAACACCGCACGGACGCCGUCAACGACCCCGGCCGCCAUCUCCGACUCAUAGAAGAAACCUCCCCCCGGAUGAAAACUCCAGACUCCCAGGUAAUCGAAGGAGGAGCAGCGGAAGAAGAGAUGGGCGUCAUGGAGGAGAAAGGAGGAGACCGAAAGAUAGAGGAAGGCCAAGAGAUGGAUGCCGUUAAAGCGGUAGAAGGAGAGAAGAAGGAGGUGGAGGUGGUGGUGGAGGCUUCUCAGUCCUUGGCCCAGUCUCAGCCUCCGGCGGAGAGGAGCGUGACCAGGUUGCAAGCCCAGCAUCCGGUUACCCCCAUCCAGGUCGUCCCCCACGGCGCCUCCCCUCCGACCGCCGGCGGCGCCGCCGCCGCAGCCUUCCAGCAAACCCGAGCCCCUCCUCAGGUGGCGCUGGCGUCGCUCAACUCGCGGGCCUACACCAACAGAAUCAGCCUCGCGCUGUUCGUGCUCCACCUCGUGGUGGUGGCCGCCGCCGUGUGCUUCUUCGUCUUCAAGGCGGUGCAGGGGGUGGUCGACGUCGGCUCCGACACCGCCCGGAAGGAGAAGCGGGGGCUCAAGUUCUGGCUCCCUCCCAUCGAGUGCUCCGCCGUGCUCAGCAUGAUCCUGGCUUUCGCCUGGCAGAAGGCGGUUCGUUUAUGGCCGGGGGUGAUGGUUCACUUCGUGCUGUGGUCCACCUUCGGCUUCACGAUGUCCGCCGGCAUCCUCCUCCUCUGUUUCUCCCUCCCCUCCACCGCCGGCAUGGGCGUCGCCCUCAUCGGCUUCUCCAUCGGCACCGGACUAUACGCCUGCUGGGUCACCCGCCGAAUCGGCUUCACCGCCCGGGUCUUCCACCUGGCCCUCCUCCCUGCCGCGAAAUUCCGGCACCUCAACGGCCCGACCUACCUCAUGCUCGCCGCCGGCUUCCUCUGGAUCUCCCUCUGGUGCCUCGCCGUCAUCGGCGCCCUCAACUUCUACUACCCUCCCCUCACCAUCAUCGCUCUGGUCGUCAGCCUGGCCUGGACCGCCGAGGUGAUGCGAAACGUAGCCAAUUUAACCGUCAGCAGAGUGAUCGCUCUCUACUACCUGAGAGGGAUGCAGUCCGACAUCAAUUUCAGCUUCCAGCGAGCCAUUUCCAUCAAUCUCGGCAGCGCCUCUCUCGGCUCCUUCUUCGUGCCGAGCAUCGAGGCGCUCCGGAUCAUCGCCCGCGGCCUCAAUCUUCUUGAGGGAGAGGACGAGUUCUUAUUCUCCUGCGCCCACUGCUGCCUCCACGUCAUGGAGUCCAUCUUUCGCAACGGCAACAGCUGGGCCUUCGUUCAUAUCGCGGCGUACGGGAAGGGAUUCGUGGAGGCGUCGCGGAGCACCUGGGGACUGUUCGAGAGGCAGAGGAUGGAGGAGCUCGCGGACUCCGACAUCACCAGCGCGAUCUGCUUCCUCUCCGGCGUCUGCAGCGGCGCCAUCUGCGUAAUAUUCGCAGCCUCCUGGACCUUCUCCUCCUACCGCAAGUACACGGCCACCGUCUCCCUCCUCGUCUUCUUCGUAGGUUAUCUCAUGACGAGGAUUGGGAUGGCGCUGCCGCACGCGUGCGUGGCGUGCUACUACGUGUGCUACGCGGAGAACCCCGGUUCGAGGCUGUUCGACUCGACCAUCCCGGACCGGCUCAAGAUGAUCGAGACUGGCCGGGAAGCGGUCGUGUCGACGCCUCGGUUCCCUCGGCGCGUCCCCAGGACCUGAACCGGCUUCGCUAGGGUGUGUCGGCAUACCUGCGAUCUGACUGUUAUCCGAGCGAAGUUACGUACAAGACAUCUUCUAUGCGAGACGCGUUCUCAGUGUUGACAGGAUGUGUCUCGAGGAAAACUCCUCUACGGUGAUUGGUUGGAUUCGGAGAAUGGACAGGUUUGGAAUUGACCACCUUCUGAUCUAUGAGAUUCGUAGACUGGCCCAAGAAUUUACCUCCUUUCAGGCAGCAUAUGUGUUAACGGAGACGAGCAGAGCAGCAGACUGGGUCGCUUCAUUUGUAGUCUGGCACUCCGCAAAAUUCAUCUGGACGAUAUUGACAGUUUUACUUUUUUUUUUUUAUUUUUUUUAUUUUUUUAAAUUUAGCAUGAUGUACUUAUGUUAGGGCUAUGUGAAUUGCUGUUUUUUUUAUAUAAAAAAAAUACGGUCACCCGGCGGCACCGUUCACCGGUGGGGGAUGGAUUGCCCCGUACGCCAUGCUUUUGACUGGAAGGUGGAAAGGUUGCACGGGAAAAGGAAGCCCACUUUGGAAGUGGACUUUUCCAUCUUUUGCUACGAAAGUGGUGCCUUCUGGAAUCGAAAGAAGAAUCUACGAUGCCGCGACAACGACGACGACAACAACAACUCUGAGCUAAGCUUUGGAGAAAGAGGAAAGUGAUGGAUGGAUGGAUGAGCUUUGGAACUUUGGGAGUGAGAGGUUAAUGCUGGGGUGGUGGAGUUAAUGGUGGGGACGUUAAUGGUGAGAGAUGAUGGAAGGGAUGAAGGCGACUCCCACUUCUUGCUGCUACCAAAUGAAUGGUGAGUUCUUGGUAUUAUUUUAUUUUUUACUGUGGAAGUUUUUUUUUUUUUUUUUUUUGAAGGGAAGAAGGCCUUGGAACUCUUGCGUGAUUGGCUACUCUCAUGUAAGCCAUUAUAUUUUACCAUGGGUGGUGGGAGAAGGUCCACCUUUGAUUCCAGGGUGGGAGAUGAUGUCCGCAAAGCAAAUAAAAGUUUUUUGUGGUGUCGUUUGUGUAGCAAGUGGAGGUAUGUUUGCUGAUGUAAAUGGAGAAAAACUAUAAGAUGUGAUUUAAACAAAAGAAAGUUGGUAUUAUAGCUAUCUUUUUGGAUACGGACA